CGGUUCCAACAGCACCCGAUUUUCUCAAAAGAACCCGAAACAUUUAGGACACCAGAUGAACUGUAUAUUUUUUUCUUCCUAGAAGUUUCCAAAAACAUGAAUUCUAAUUUCUGGAACUAAAAGUUUCUUCAAGAAAAAAAAAAGGAAACCUUUUUUCUGUAGAGCUCCUUCUUAAGGGUUCCACGAUUAAGUUUUCUAAAAAAAAAGUAUUUCGAUCCUUUUUCAAAGCAAACCCUCAGAUAAAGGGCUCUAACGCAGGGCCCCUCGGGGUCCUACACGACACCUUGCUUUCUAAACGUCUACACGUAUUAAAAAUAAUGGCUGAGGUAAAAGAUUGUGGGCUGCAGAACCCAAGAGCUCAUUUAGAAGGUGUGUGUGUGUGUGUGUGUGUGUGUGUGUGUGUGUGUGUGUGUGUGUGUGUUUUAAAUCCUGCUACAAUAAUUGCAUGCAAUCCUACGAGGGGCCAAAUAUGAAAAUCUUCCUGUGCAGAAGCUUAAAUAAAAAUCUUGAUGUGAUUCAGGAUGAUUAUAGCACGAGGCGUUUCCGUAUGAUCACAUGCAUCUAUAACGGGAAGGCGCGUGCAGUUUAUAGCAUCCAGAUCCUCACCCACUGGUCCACACGCGUGCGUGCGUGUGUGCGUGUGUGUGCGCGCGCGCGCGCGCGUGUGUGUGUGUGUGUGUACCUGCAGAUUUGCAGCUUUGGGCCUUUUAAACCUCCUCCAGGAAGUUCAGCCGCGAUAUUUAAAGCGUGCGCUAAAGCAGCAGCGCGUUCAGACCAGGCACCGCGCGCACUGAGGCAACAGACCCUCGAACCUGAGAGCGAACAUGCCGAGGUCAUUUUUGGUGAAGAGCAAACGUGCUCACAGCUACCACCAACCUCGCAGCCUGGAGGACGACUACAUCCGACUCGAUGCUCUGCUGACACACACCUACACAGAGAUCCAGGCCGAGCCUGACCGCUUCGAGGACGUGAAUAAAGGAGCGGGUCGAUAUUCACCUGAAGGCAGCGCAGUGUGUACGGCCGAACUCAAAGCUCAACACUCUCCGCUCAGCUGUGAGGGAAGUGUGUGCGAUCCGCCGGCCGAGAUCGAGGAGUCAGUCUGGAGACCCAGAUCCAUGUCUUCUUCUCCAGAUGUGGAUGAAUAUCCGUUAUCGUCACCAGAUGAUGUCCAGCCUUUCGACCUGACCUUCCGACCCUGCGCCUGGACUCACACUCGUUCGGAGCUCAGACGCCUCGUCAGACCGCUUCCCCGGAGUCACGUGGCACGUGAGAUGCCGUCCCUUGGCGUUUACAACUCCACGAAGAGGAUCGCAGAGGCCUUCUUCUCCAGUCAGUCCUCGUUCCGAGGGCUCUCUCAGGAGGAGUACAGCUCGUUGGCUACAGAUCUGCUGAAGAGCCACGCGCAAGGAUAUUACACUGACUUCAAGACCGUUCCUGAGAACGCAGAGUUCAAAUCGCAGCACCCUGACGUCUUGUGCACGCGGCUGCAGACAAACGGCUCUUACACGUGCGUCAAGUGCACCAAGGUGUUUUCUACGCCUCAUGGCUUAGAGGUCCACGCCCGGCGCUCACACAGCGGCACCAGGCCUUUCGCCUGCGAGAUGUGUGGGAAAACCUUCGGUCACGCCGUGAGUUUGGAACAGCACAAAGUCGUCCACUCACAGGAGAGGAUUUUCAGCUGUAAAAUCUGUGGAAAAAGCUUUAAGAGGUCGUCCACUCUGUCCACACACCUGCUGAUCCACUCGGACACGCGGCCGUAUCCCUGUCAAUACUGCGGCAAGAGAUUCCACCAGAAAUCUGACAUGAAGAAACACACCUUCAUCCACACAGGUGAAAAGCCGCACAAAUGUCAGGUCUGUGGAAAGGCGUUCAGUCAGAGCUCCAACCUCAUCACACACAGCCGCAAACACACCGGCUUCAAACCGUUCGGCUGUGACUCGUGUGGUAAAGGUUUCCAGCGUAAAGUGGACUUGAGGAGACACCGAGAAACACAACACGGCCUGAAAUAAGAGUCGCACAACUCCUUUAUAUCCUUUAUAUACAACACUAGGAGCAGCGUGAGUUCAGCUGUUAAAACCAAACAACUUUGUUAUUGACUUUUAUUAUAAACUAAACUUCAUGUUAUUUAUAAAAUCUUGUGUUUGGAUGUUUAGGUCACGUGUCCACAAUUUUUACUGACAUUUGUGGAUAAAGAAAUAAAAAGUCUUCCUGAA